GAAAGGAAAAGUGAAGAAGAGAGAUUCUCCAAACUAUUUCCAGCUCAGGUCUUAAAUUUUUGUUCCUUCUCUGCCACUCCCCCACUGUAACUCCAAUAAUAUUUUCUCUCUCUAAAAUAAAAUCAUUGCAUUCCCCUCUCUCUCUCUCUCUAAACCCCUCACAUUCUUGAUAUCUCUACCGGGAUUCCAUUUAAUUCCUUCAAAUCCUCACAUUCUCCUGCUUCCCACCAUGAAAUAAGCACUUUCGCCGCAAUGCACGACCUCAAAUCCCAGCGCCGCCGCGAGCCGCCGCUCCACCGCCGCCGCUACUGGUGCUGCUCCUUCACGACCCCGCCCCUCAGCCCGGAGAACCCGGGCCUCUCGCACUCCUGCUCCGUCCGCUCUCACUCCUCCUCGUGCAGUAAAAAGACGCAAUUGCCCUUCUCCAACUCCCCCCAAACCCAGAAGACCCCCCUCGCCCGUCGGAUCCUCUCUCCGGGUCGGGUCUCUCCCAUCUCGGAGCACCCCGUCGUUACCCACACCACCCCCAAAAACCAUCCAAUCCCCAAAUCGCCCUUGCCCUUGCCCGUGCCCCCGCCCCCGCCCCUCGCCGAUUCGGCAAUCAACGAGGGGAAUUUAGGGAUUUAUGAUACCAGGUUGAAUCUGAAGGGGAAGAAUGGAGGAUCCUUGGUGCUGGAGCUGAGUUCAGAGGUUUUGGCGUCGAAUAGCUCCGUUUUCGCCGAUUUGAUCGCGGAUUAUCGCAAGAAUGUGAGCGGUUUGUGCAGGGUUGAGGUGCCCGACGUCGAGAAUCUGAACGUGUUUCGUGAAACGAUCGAGCUCAUGUUUGAGGAGGAUAUUCAGAAAAAACUCGUCAAGAUUGGGGUUUUUCGAGCUAUCGAUAUACUUGAGGUAUCAGCAAGCAUCAAGUUUGGCAGGUGUGUUUCUGCAUGUUUACAAUACCUGGAGGCGGUGCCAUGGACCGAAGAAGAAGAGGAGAAGCUGAGGGAGCUAUUCAAUGGACUUAAAGUAGACGAUCCUAAAACCAAAGACAUUCGAGACAGAUUCUGUAGCCUCAGUCCCAUUGAUUCACAGCCAGCAUUGACCAAGCAGCUUAUUUGGUCCAUUACCACCUGCAACGACGCCACUGCUGGGAGUGAACUGAAGUCUUUGGUUAAAGGGUUGUUAUGCAAAAGCUCUGUCUACGAAAAGGACUAUCCUGAUCUGAAUAAGGAGGACAUGUAUGCAGCUUGUGAAUCGUGUCUGAAAUCACUGAGCAGUCUGCUCGAGGAGACCUCGGGUAGCAAUGCAGGGCAGAAGUUGACUAAGAAGGAGAAAGAAAAGCCUCUGUUAGAGCGCAUCUCAAAGCAAGUGGACAACAUAAAUUGGCUCGUGGAUAUCCUGCUCGAUCACCAGAUGGCGGAGGAGUUCGUCCAUCUGUGGGCAAAUCAAGAAGGGCUGCUCAAAUUGCACAAGGAUGCAUCUCCAAUGGUCAAGUAUGAGCUGAGCCGUGUCUCCGCAGUGCUGUUUACUGCAAUCGGCACUAGGAGGCUCCACUGCCCGCCAGAAACGAGGCUGAGGCUUCUUCAGGCGUGGUUUAGACCGAUGCUAUCUGAUUUUGGUUGGUUGCAGAGGAGCAAAAAGGGACUCGACAUGAAGGCAUUAGAGGAGGCGAUGGGCCAAGCGCUGCUUACACUUCCAUUGAAAGAGCAGUAUUCGUUGUUUAUGGAAUGGUUCCGUUGCUUCUCCAAGCAUGGCAACGAAUGCCCUAAUCUUAGUAAAGCGUUCCAAAUAUGGUGGCGAAGAUCGUUCCUUAGGGGCUCCGAAACCAUGGCCAUUGAAUCUAGGUGAAGUAAUGCUGCUACCAAUUCUCAUGCAGGGAGAUUUCCACCUAUUAUUUUGUGCUUAAGAUCAUGGGGAAGAUUUCGAUGAUUUGAAGUUCAAUAAUAUUGUAGAUUGUUACCAUGUAAAAUGUGUUUGACACUUUGUUGGUGAUGGAAUAUUAGAUGCUUUAGGCUGUUGUAUUCA